AUGGCGACACGCAGAUCUGCGCGGUUGAGCGCGGCGGCAUCAACAUCGGUAUCGGUAUCGGCGUCGUCACAGCCUGCAUCCGCCUCUGCGCCCGAUCCCGCACCGAGAGGACGGAAAAGGAAAGCGGCGUUAGAUACAUCACAGAAGGCUGUAGAUGAGGAGGCUUUAGAAGAAGCCACGGCGGCGGUAGCGACUCCCCGGAAGCGCCGCGUUAAGAAGGCCACCACUCCUCCGCCUACAACGCCGGCAGCGAGUGGCGGCGAGCCCGUCACCGUUUACGAGACUCCGAAGCCGAAAGCGGCGGCUGUGAGACGGCUGGCCGACCCAAAUGCCACGAAUGCAACGCUGUUGUCUCCGGAGACAUCUCGCGUCGUGACCAGGAAUACCUCACCGUCCAAGACACCAGAUAGCCAGAUAACGACCGCCAAUAUUCUAGAGGAGGCAUGCAAGCACCUAAUCAGUGUCGACCCGCGGAUGAAACCGCUGAUCGAGAAGCAUCACUGCCACAUCUUCUCCCCCGCAGGGCUGAGCGAGAAGAUUGACCCGUUCGAGGCCAUCUGUAGCGGCAUCAUCUCGCAGCAAGUCACAGGAGCAGCCGCCAAGGCGAUCAAGAAGCGGUUCGUAGACUUGUUUGAAAACGACGGCAAGUUCCCGCAUCCGUCCCAGGUAUCGACACGCCCCAUCGAUGAGCUCCGUACGGCGGGGCUCUCGCAGCGCAAGGCUGAAUACGUGCAGGGGCUGGCGGAGAAGUUUGCCAGCGGCGAGCUGAGUGCACAAUUGCUGGUGGACGCGCCGUACGAGGUCGUCCUGGAGAAGCUGAUCGCGGUGCGCGGGCUUGGUCAGUGGUCCGUCGAGAUGUUCGCGUGCUUCGGCCUGAAGAAGAUGGACAUCUUCUCCCUCGGCGACCUGGGCGUGCAGAGAGGGAUGGCGGCGUUCGUCGGGCGCGACGUCGCCAAGUUGAAACGCAAGGGCGGCGGCAAGUGGAAAUACAUGUCAGAACAGGAGAUGAAGCAGAUCUCCGACAAGUUCGCUCCGUACCGGAGCGUCUUCAUGUGGUACAUGUGGAAAGUGGAAGAGACAGAUAUCAGCACACUAGAGUAG